AUGGCGAUGGCGAGAACCUGCCGCCAAAACUCGACCUCCCAGCUUCAGCAUCCCAUCAACGGGGACUCAUUCCCGAAAACCAUGUCCAGGGUCUCCGUCCCGCGCGCCGCCUGCGCUAUCCACGGCGGAGCUCGCGCUUCCUCCACCCACCCCGGCGGCGAUUUCGCUGCCCCUCCUCCGCCGGAGGAGAAGAGGGCGGCGCGGAAGGCGCCGAGGGCCCCGAGGCGGCUGAUCACCAUCUCGACGUCCGACGGGAGGUGGCACGGCGAGUGGAGCUGCGACUACGUGUUCACGCUGAGGGAGCUGGGUGUGGCCGAUGUGGCGGAGGGAGGGCAGGGGGACACCAAGGUCCUCAUCAGUCUCGUCAUCCACAAGGUGAGGUUGCUCAACGCCAGCUUCUCUUCAACUUCCUGCUUCGGUGGAAUGGCUCGUUCUUUCCGUGACCGACGAUUGGAAAAUUGCAGCACGCCGGGUUCGGAUUCUCAGUGGAAGGGAGAAUCGGCACGUCCUUCACUCGGAAAUGUAGCGGCUGCUUCACCUCGUACAUUAAAGAGGUACUGGUUCCGGCGUGCUCUCUGAAGAAUUUUCGGUUCAGCCAGUAAUUACCGUGCUGUUCUGCAGAUUGAUACAUCGUUCAACGUCUGGGUUCUUCCUUCGAGCAGGAGCAACCCCAUGGAGCUCCCCGAAAUCGGCAGUGGUGACCCCUCGGUAUACCACUGCGAGAGAGAGAGAGAGAGAGAGAUCAUAGUUUGGAAGAAAACUAACAGGGGAGAACCGGAUGAACAGGUGAUCUACGUGAAGCCUGGAUCAGAAGCCGAUCUCGAUUCGCUGAUCCGAGACGUGAUUCGUCUGGCGGCCACAGCAAAUGCGGUAGUAAUGGAAUUCUUCAGAGAUAGUGAAGAAUGUCCAAGGAAAAUUUACGUCUCUCGUUCUCUGUGCAGGGCGCCUGCUCGGAGGCCUGCGAGAAGUCCACUCCGAGAUGGAACUGUACGGAAGUCCCUUCCUCCUCCGUCGCCCCCUGCAUCAUACACUGAUAAAAUGAUCCAAAGGGUGACUCCUUCCGCCAUUCUUUCCUCUGCAGACAUAGACAACAGGAAGGAGACGUACGACAAGAGGUGGGCUAGGCUUCUGGAAAUCCGGGACGUGCUGCCCGGGUAG